UCCAGUAGUUGUGUCUGGUUCCUUGCCGGAGAGCUUCGUGAUAUUCGCCGGGUUGUUGGUCAGAGGUGGGGGGGGGAGAUUUCCCACCUUACGCAGCUUCGGGGUUUUCUUAACUGUCCCGUCCGUCAAACACGAGGUGGGCUUCCCAGCGCCGUGACCCCCUCACUCUGCCUGGCCUUGGUGAUGGAAGCAGAGAAGAUGGACGAGAAUGAAUGGAGAUAUCACGGAGAGGGAAACAAAAGCCUGGUGGUGUGUCACGCUCAGCGAUGUGUGGUCCUUCGUUUCCUGAAAUUUCUCCCAAACAGAAAUAAGACGGCAGAAGAAGUCUACCAACACCUGCACAACAUUUUGGACUUCGGAAAACAUAUUAUGAAACAGUUUUUGGGAGAAAACUUUGUUCACCAUGGGGAAGUUGUGAAGCUGCAGCUGGAUUUUAUUAAACUCCUCUGUUUAAGGAUCCAGUCGGAAAGACCAGAGUCUCGGUGUGAAAAGGAGAUGGAUGUGAGCGGUUAUGCCAUGUGCCUCCCGAACCUCACGCGUCUGCAGACCUUUCCGUUUAUAGAACACAGACCCAUUUUUUGUGUGGAGAUUAAGCCUAAAUGUGGUUUUAUCCCGACCUCCCCCCAUAUAACCAAGGAUAUCAAGAAAAAAGUCUGCCGCUUCUGCAUGUACCAGCACCUCAAGGUUGCCAAAGGAAAGUGGAAGCGGAUCAGUAAAUAUUGUCCACUGGAUCUAUUCUCUGGAAACAAGCAGAGAAUGCACUUUGCAUUUAUGAGUUUAUUACAGGAGUCACAAAACAACCUUAAAGUAUUUAAGAACGGAGAGUUGAUUUAUGGCUGUCGGGAUGACCAAGAUCACGUGUCAGACCUGAAUGCGCUCGCUCACCACCUGAAGCCAUUUUUCUUCCCUUCCAAUGGAUUAGUCAGCGGCUCUCAUUGUACGAUGAACGUCCUGAAGGAGCUUAUCCAUGUCCUGACGACGGCGAUGCUCAGCACAAGCGUGGAUGCUGGCAGAGCAGGAAACUUUAAAUCUAUUCCUGUGUCACAGGGGAGGAAUUACUGUGAGGCAGGUCACUUCUCUACAGAACACCUAAGAAACAGUAAACAGAAACCUGAAAACUCGGGUUUACCAAAAGGAUGUAUUUUGUAUAAAAUGUUACAAGCUCAGAUGCUGGACAUGCUGGAUAUCGAAGGACUGUACCCCUUAUACAAGAGAGUGGAGAAAUAUUUAGAGGAAUGCCCUGAAGAAAGAAGCACGCUACUUCUUGAUGGACCUUAUGAUGAAACGUUUUUUGAAAAGUUAAAAGAUCUUUCUCUUGAAGAUGAUGGAAGUGUGGAGUAUGCCGUGACAAAGAUUCAACAAUACAGAGUGGCAAUGACGGCAAAGGACUGCUCCAUCAUGAUCGCUCUCUCGCCCACAACCCAGGAGGAAUGCUUUGACCAGAGAUCUGCUAUCAAGAGUUCAAGGUCAAGUUUUAAGUAUUCAGUUUCUAUCCUGGAUCUGGACCUCAAACCUUAUGAGAAUAUUCCAUACCAGUACAACCGGGACUGUAAAAUUGUCGGCCACUACCUCAGCCGAGGAGACCCAGCCACAUCACACAUGUUCACGGAAAACGAGGACUGCACGCUACUGCUUCACAAAGUCUAACCCUUCCAUCGGAAUGUUUCUUCACUCAAGCUGUGAACGUUGUGGUCGGGGGACUCCGAUGCGGGAUUCUGUUAUAUGACCGGCCGCGUGCCGUCCGCUGCUCUCACAAAAAACGUGUUGAGUAAAGUUAAGAAUCCAUGAUUGUUAAUCUGACGAUGCAGACGCCAUUUUUCCCAAUUAGGGAUUGGAUAUCGGGGAAAUCUCCUUUCCGUUUUGCUAUGUUUGAGUGCCUGAUGAGGGGCAGAUAUACCUCUCCUGAGCCUUAUGCAAACGAUUUGAGUGGUUUGGGGUAAGUUUUUUGCUAUUGUGUAUUUUGAAUGAUUGCGGUGGAUUUCAAGCCGUUUUACCAUUAUGGCUGCUAAGGAAAUGUGUUUGUAGGUAAUGGCACCUUUAUACCUUGUAGAAGUCUUCAGUUUCUCUAUCAUUUUACAUUUGAUGUAAGUCUAGAUUCAGGCUAUGUUGGUUGCAAGUGUUUGGAAUUGUUUGUUCAAGAUGUGAAAACAAAACCACUGGAAAUAUUAAUACCAGCAGAAAAUGGGAAGAAGUGUUUAGUCCUCUCUGUACAGAUACACUGUUUGGACGAUAUACAUCCAUGUUUGUAUUAUACGGGUCUUUUAUUACCGGAAACCACCGAUGGGAUAUUUUAUAAAGUGGUAAAGGACUUCUGCCUGGCUUAACCAUAAAAUUCCAUAAUAAAAGCUUUUAUCAAGCUGUCACGUCAGAGAAAACUUCCAGACUACGUAGAAAAUGCACCAGAAUGAUGAUACAUUUAUUAAAGCUGUCUGAAGGCAGCAUGGCACACGGGAUGGAGGGUGCUGAAGGUCAUUUCGUGCCACGUGCUGUUGGGUGCUUUUGGUGGGAUCUACAGUUGCAGUUUUACAUUAGA